UCAUGAAUAGACACAGUAAAACAGCAACAAUGUCUUCGUUAACACUCUCCAUAGCUACUAAUGUUCUGCUACUAUUACUUGUUAUCCCUACCUCACUUUCUCUAACUGAUGAUGAGCAACCACGCACCUACAUCGUUCAUGCCUUCAAAUCUGAUAAACCUUUGCAUUUUGCUUCCCACACUGAUUGGUAUCACUCAACCCUCCAAUCUCUUCCACCUUCACCUCAUCCAAAGAGCAUCAUUUACACGUACAGUCGUGUUAUUAAUGGUUUCGCUGCUCGACUAACACCUUCUCAGGCUAAUCAUCUCCGGACCGUCUCUGGAAUUUUGUCUGUCAUUCAUGAAAAAAUUCGCCAAUUGCACACUACUCGAACUCCAGAAUUUCUUGGUAUGUCUGCGAAUUCCGCCGGUCUCUGGUCAUCAUCAAAUUAUGGUGAUGAUGUUAUCAUUGGUGUUCUUGAUAGCGGAAUCUGGCCAGAGCGGAGGAGUUUUAGUGACUCUGGGUUGGGUCCGGUGCCUGCUAGAUGGAAAGGUAUCUGUGAGACUGGUCCUGAUUUCCCCAAAAAGUCUUGCAACCGAAAGUUAAUUGGUGCGAGGGCUUUUUAUAAAGGAGCUGAAGCUGGAAUUGGUCAUAUAAUAAAUGAAACUGGUAAAGAUUCGAGAUCACCAAGAGACAUGAAUGGACAUGGUACACAUACUGCAUCUACGGCAGCUGGAUCUCCUGUCAAGAACGCCAAAAUGUUUAAAUAUGCAGCUGGAGAAGCCAAAGGAAUGGCACCGAGGGCAAGAAUUGCUGUUUAUAAGGUAUGCUGGAGUCUGGGAUGUUCCGAUUCAGAUAUUUUAUCUGGAUUUGAAAAAGCUCUGGAAGAUGGUGUCGAUGUGAUAUCUUUUUCAGUCGGUCCCUCCGAAGGGAAUGAUCCAUAUGAUCUUGAUACAACCGCGGUGGGUGCUUUUGCUGCCAUGCAGGAAGGAGUUUUAGUUUCUGCUUCUGGAGGAAAUUCAGGCCCUCGUCCGAGUACUGUGUCGAACGUUGCCCCAUGGAUGUUAACUGUUGCAGCAUCCACGCUUGAUAGGGAAUUUCCAGCGGACAUAAUUUUAAAUGAUGGUACGUUGAUUAAUGGCGCUUCGUUAUACUCGGGGAAGCAACUUCCAAGACAAGAUGUAGAAUUAGUCUAUGCUGGUGAUGUUGGCAAUGAAUAUUGCUUACAAGGAAAAUUUAAUUCUACUGCUAAAGUUACUGGUAAAAUCGUUCUUUGCGAAGCUGGCAAUACUCAGGCAACUGCUCAAGGGUAUGCUGUGAAAAUUGCAGGUGGCGUUGGAAUGAUUGCCGUGAAUGUAAAAUAUUGGGGUAAAGGGCUUAUCCUAGAACAAUUUUUAACUCCAGCAAUACAAGUGAGUUUCGACGAUGGAGUUACGAUAUUUAAGUAUAUCAGAUUACAGAAAAAGCCGACAGCUACUAUGAAAUUUCGUGGAACCGUAACCGGAGGAUCGACAUCUGCUCCUAAAGUGGCUGCAUUUUCUAGCCGUGGUCCUAACAGUCUAACAGCCCAGAUACUUAAACCGGAUAUCACCGCACCUGGUGUUGGUAUCUUGGCCGCUUGGACAGGAGCUGCUUCUCCAACCAACUUGGACCUCGAUCCAAGACGAGUCGAGUUCAAUAUUAUUUCUGGUACUUCAAUGUCAUGCCCUCAUAUAAGCGGAUUGGCGACGUUGCUCCGUAGUGCUUACCCUAAAUGGACACCAGCUGCAAUUAAAUCUGCUCUUAUGACUAGUAGCUAUAACUUGGACAAUUCAGGUAAAAACAUUACUGAUCUUGUCGAUGGUCUUGAUGCAAAACCGUUUGAUGUUGGUUCGGGACAUGUUGACCCGAACCGAGCUCUUCAUCCAGGUUUGAUAUAUGACAUCGCACCAAAUGACUAUGUUGCCUUUCUUUGUUCCAUUGGGUAUAAUUCAACACAGUUAUCGGUUUUCAUCGACAAGAAAGUUGAUUGCAAGUCAAUUGGAUUGUCUAGCCCGGGUGACUUGAACUACCCAUCAUUUUCUGUUGUUUUUGAAUCCGGCAGUAGUAACAAAGUUAAGUACACCAGAACUGUGAAGAACGUCGAGAAGCUAGGAUCCGCAAUCUAUAAACCUACCAUUACAGCUCCAUCGUCCGUGAAAAUCAAAGUUUCACCGAAGAAGCUUGUUUUCAAUGACGAAAACCGUACCUUAUCUUAUAAAAUCACAUUCACAAGUCUCAUUAAGGGAAAAAAAGGUGAUGUGAUGAAGGAACCAGAAUUGGGUUCCAUCGAAUGGCGUGACGGGGUUCACGUUGUGAGGAGUCCUAUUGCAUUUACGUGGGUUACUACUACUAAACCGUAGUCCUGUCUUUUGGGUUUAACGAUCACGAAUACCUGUUUCAUCCGCGUAAUGGUAUUAUUGAUUAUGCUUUCAAUCUCUAUCUAUAGCUUUGUUUCUGUCCUUCGGUUAUUAAUCGGAUUAUAACGAUUAUAAUUCUGAAGUGUUGCUAUGUAUGCAGUACCUAAUUUCGUCAAGAAGUAACAAUAACGAUUAAUCCGAUUAUAACAUAA